ACUAAUUUUAAUUUUGGUAAAACACUUUUUCUUUAAGGUGCAAAACCUCAUAAUGAUGAAAAUGUUUUCCCUUUAAGAAAACACUUGCAUAUACUAAUAGAGUCCUUCCUAUUGGUUUUUAUAAUUCUUAUUUACAAACUUAAAUUGUCUUUUUUUAUUUUAUUACAAGGUUUUUUUUUUUUAUUUUAGUUUUCUAUUAAUAAUCAUAUAUGAUACAUAUAUAUUGUUUUUUCUAAUCUUAUCCACAAACACACUUUUUUUUUAUUUCAUUCACUAUAGACUUGUUUCUUCAAAUCUUAUUCUCCGACAUAAGUUAGCUAUUGCUAAGGGUAGUUAUAGUAGUACAAAUAUGAUUGUUAUAUUACAUAUUUAAUUAGCAGUCUAAAUCUAUACAAUAUUCGAUAAAAAUAGGGUUUAUAAUAGUAGUUGUUGAAAUAUAUUUUAUUGAGGAAGAUGAAUAAAAAUUUUGAAUCCCCUCAUUUUGAUAUUGAAUACAAUUUUAAAAUCAACUGCUUGUACCACUAAACACUAUUUAAGUUGCAACUUUAUUGAGCAAUGACAAUUUUUCUUUAAAGCACUCCUGGUAUUUUAACUGCAUCAAAUCAUUAAGAACUAAUGAAUACGUCAAACCCUAACACAAUCAGAGUAAAUUCAAAGAUACAUAGAAAAUACUCCCUCCGAUUAAUAUAUAAUAUUUGAAUUGAGACGAAUCAAACAAAAUAUUAUACGACUUAAAAGUAAUUAAUAGUAAAUUGUUUUAAAAGUCACAUGUGAUACUUAUACUGAACAGUGUCGAUAACUGUAUAUUAUAGCGAGUGUUUCAAAAUGGAGGAAGUAUACACUAUACAGCCCCAUGAUGCCAUGAAUACAUUUAUUUGCACUAUCCUUUUCCUUUAUCACCCCAUUCUCAUAAAGAUAGAGAAGAAAGAUGGAAAAGAGCAAAAACCAUUAGCUUAAAUCUGAAGACCCUUCCUUUCUUUUUAACCUUUUCGUUCACUUAUCCAGUCAUUCUCUCUUAACAUUAUGUUUACUUCUAAAACCCCUUACACACCACCUCAACAAGUUCACCAGAUUCUCUUCUUCACUUUUACACUAUUCUCUUCUUACAUCAUCACUUCAAAUCCCCACCAUUAAAUCUCUUCUCAAAAAUGUUCUUCUUCUACUUCAUAAUACCUUAAAAAUCCUUUCUUUUUGUCUAAAAUUCCUUACCCACAAAACAAUUUCACUAAAAUGUUCACUUCUUUACCAUAUUUAGUAAGUUUAACAGUCCUUUUCUUCAUUUCCCUCUGUUUUUUCUCAUCCACUUCCCCUGUUUUAGCCUCUGAUUUUGAAGCUUUACUUACUCUUAAACAAGGAUUUGACAACCCAAAUCCUUCAUUAACAAACUGGGAUUCUUCAAAUUCAAGCUCAGUUUGCUUUUGGACAGGAAUUAAAUGCCUCCAUGGAAGAGUAAUCUCACUUGACUUAACAGAUUUCAACCUUGAAGGCUCUGUUUCCCCUGUUUUUUCAACCCUAGAUAGCCUCAUUCAUCUCUCUUUAGCAGGAAACAACUUUUCGGGUCGGGUUGAAAUCCGAAACUCGAACAGUCUUCAGUUCCUAAACCUCUCAAACAACCAAUUUAGUGGUGGGUUAGAAACAUGGAAUUUCUCAAGUUUACCAAAUUUAGAAGUUUUUGAUGUUUAUAAUAACAAUUUCACUUCACCUCUUCCACUUCGGAUUACAAAUUUAAAAAAGUUGAGGCAUUUAGAUUUGGGUGGGAAUUUUUUCUUUGGUGAAAUCCCACAAAUUUAUGGUGAUUUAACCUCUUUAGAAUACUUGUUUCUUGGAGGAAAUGAUCUUAAUGGAAGAAUCCCAAAAGAGUUGGGUAACUUAACAAGUUUAAAGGAGCUUUAUUUAGGGCAAUACAAUGUGUAUGAAGGUGGCAUUCCCAAAGAGUUUGGAAAGUUGAUUAAUCUUGCCCAUUUGGAUCUUUCAAGUUGUGGGUUAUCCGGCCCAAUACCCAAAGAAAUGGGGAAUAUGGAGCUACUUGAUACUCUUUACUUGCAUAUGAAUCAUCUUUCAGGUGAUAUACCAAAAGAAUUGGGCAACCUUACAAAUUUGGUAUACUUUGAUGUUUCUAUAAAUGCACUUAGUGGAGAGAUUCCUAAUGAGUUUGUUAAUCUUAAAAGCUUGAAACUGUUUAAUCUUUUCAUGAACAAGCUUCAUGGGUCAAUUCCUGAUUAUGUUGCUGAUGAUUUGCCUUAUUUGGAGACUCUUGAGCUAUGGAAGAACAAUUUUACUGGUGAAAUACCGCGAAAAUUAGGGCAAAAUGGCAAGCUUAAGGUCUUGGAUUUGUCUUCUAAUAAGGUUACUGGUACUAUCCCUUCAAACUUGUGUGAUUCAAACCAACUUAGUGUCUUAAUUUUGAUGAAUAAUUUCUUGUUUGGAACUAUCCCACAAAGUUUAGGGUCUUGUGUUAGUCUUACUAGGGUUAGAUUAGGCCAAAAUUACCUUAAUGGGAGUGUCCCAAAUGGAUUUAUUUACUUGCCUAAUCUUAACUUAUUAGAGCUUCAAAGUAACUAUCUUUCUGGUACUUUGCCUGAAAAUGUUGAUCCUUUGUUAAAUCCAGCUAAGUUAGACCAACUUAACCUCUCUAAUAACCUUUUAUCCGGUCCUUUGCCGGAAUCAAUUUCAAAUUUCAGUUCAGUUCAGUUCAUUUACUUUAGCGGGAACCAAUUUUCGGGCCCGAUUCCAAAGUGUAUAGGGCAACUUAAACAAGUGAUUAAGAUUGAUUUUAGCAAGAAUAACCUUUCAGGUUUAAUCCCUAGUGAAAUUGGAAGUUGUUCUCAUCUUACAUACCUUGAUCUUAGCCAAAACAAUCUCAGUGGGUCCAUUCCUCCUGAGAUUUCUAGUGUUAAAAUCAUGAGUUAUUUGAAUUUGUCUAGGAACCAUUUAAAUGGUACAAUACCCAUGUCACUAGGGUCUAUGAAAAGUCUCACAGAUGUUGAUUUUUCAUUCAAUGAUCUUUCGGGUAAAUUGCCCGAGUCCGGGCAGUUUACGAUUUUCAAUGCCUCUUCCUUUUCGGGCAACCCAUUACUUUGUGGAUCGGUCUUGGAUAACCAAUGUAACUUGUCCCUAACCCUGAGUUCAAACCGAAAAUCUAAUUCUAGUGAGUUUAAACUUGUGAUUGCACUUGCCCUUUUGGUUUGCUCCCUAAUUUUCGCUGUGGCCGCGGUUAUAAAGGCGAAAUCCUUCAAAAAAAAUUCGGAUUCAUGGAAAUUAACCACAUUUCAAAAGGUGGGUUUUAAUGUGUUGGAUAUACUCGAAUGCAUGAAAGAAGGCAAUGUGAUUGGAAGAGGAGGUGCGGGAAUCGUUUAUCAUGGUAAAAUGUCUUGUGGGUCUGAAAUUGCAGUAAAAAAACUAUUAGGUUUCGGACCUAGUAGACAUGACCAUGGUUUCAAAGCCGAGAUUGAAACUCUCGGACAAAUAAGACAUCGUAACAUAGUGAGGUUACUCGCAUUUUGCUCGAACAAGCACACGAAUCUUUUGGUGUACGAUUACAUGCGCAAUGGUAGCCUAGGUGAAGCACUUCAUGGUAAAAAACUAGGAGGUUUCCUAGGAUGGAAUAUGAGGUACAAAAUUGCAAUUGAAUCUGCUAAAGGACUUUGUUACCUUCACCAUGAUUGUUCCCCUUUGAUUGUUCACCGUGAUGUCAAAUCCAACAACAUUCUCCUUAACUCCAAUUUCGAAGCACACGUGGCAGAUUUCGGGCUAGCCAAAUUCUUAGUCGACGGUGGCGCGUCAGAGUGCAUGUCAGCCAUUGCUGGAUCAUAUGGUUAUAUUGCUCCAGAAUACGCGUACACAUUAAGAGUGGACGAAAAAAGUGAUGUAUACAGUUUUGGAGUAGUUCUACUCGAACUCUUAACCGGACGUCGACCAGUGGGGGAUUUCGGAGAAGGGGUAGACAUAGUCCAAUGGUGCAAAGUCCAAACAAAUUGCCGCAAAGAAAAUGUGGUUGUUGUACUUGAUUCUCGACUAAGUGCAGUACCUCAAGAUGAAGCCAUGCACUUGUUCUUUGUUGCAAUGUUAUGCACACAAGAGAAUAGCAUUGAACGUCCAACCAUGAGAGAAGUUGUUCAAAUGUUAUCAGAAUAUCCUUAUCAUUCUAUGGGAUAUCAACCUAAUCCAUCAUCUUCAUUACUAAUUAACAAUAAUAAUAAUAAUAAUAAUAAUAAUAAUAAUAAUAAUAAUAUUAAUAUUAAGCAGCAAUCUAACGAUGCCAAAAAAGGAUAAAGAUUGCACAAAAAUAGAAAGAUCAUGAUCUUGUUGUAUAAGUUUUUUUUAGUCAUUAUUUUUUGAGGGAAGUUUUGAAAAUUGUGUGUAGGAGAUGUAGCUUUGUUGUUAUUAAUUAUAGUGUAUUUUAUUGUGAAAAAUAUUGUGUAAUUUUUGUUUCUAGUUUAAUGUCUAAUUAGUUUUAGGCAUAUAGUGAAUAUUGGUUACGGAAUAUAUAUUAUAUUAUUAUAUAUAGAAAUAAUGCCAAUGUUGAACAAUA